AUGUCGAGAAAAGCUGUUUUUGACGUCUACGCCAUAUCAGGCACAGCGUCCAAAAUCGCCCGUGAUAGCGUGAAAAUCGCUACCACCGAUGCCUCCAGAGCAUGGUCCAAGCUGUUUGUCGUGGCCCAAGCAAAGAAGCUCGACUCCAGCUCCCCAAUGUGGUCCGACCUUCGAGGCAAGGUCCAGGCGGCCAGAUCCCAGCAUAGAAACUUUUCCACAUGUGCUGCCCUCCAUAACUCCCAUCCUUUGCUGCAUCUUCACAAGCAACCCCAGACACAGCCAGCCCAGCAUUCCCCUAAUGACCGCAACUACUCCACCAAAUCCGUGAAGCUCUUCGUUGAAGAGCAAGAAGAAAAGGUCGCUGCGCCUCCCCAGAAUAUCAAGAAGGUUAUUGGCGGCGCUAAGGUGAAGCCUUCCUUCGACAUGUCUCAGCUGGAAGUCCCAAGCACCAGAUUGGCCAGGAUGUUCCACUACGGUUCUUUGGCCGCCGGUAUGGGCUUUUCCGCUGCUUCCCAUGGCUUGAGACAAGUUGCUCAAGGUAACGGUUCUACCCUCAGCAUGAAGCAGCUCUUCUUGAGUCCUGCCAACAUUGAAAGAAUGGCUCGUAAAUUUAGCAAGAUGAGAGGUGCAGCCUUGAAGAUUGGCCAAAUGAUGUCUUUCCAAGAUGCUUCUAUUUUGCCGGUUGAAAUUCAGCAGAUUCUUUUAAGAGUUCAGAACCUGGCCCACUACAUGCCCUUGGCUCAGUUGGAACGUAUCAUGUCCGCUGAAUUGGGCCGUGACUGGCGUAGGAACUUGUUUUCUUCAUUUGAUGAUGUCCCAUUCGCUGCUGCUUCCAUUGGCCAGGUCCACAAUGCUGUGACUGAAGACUUGACCCCGGUGGUUGUCAAGGUGCAAUACCCUGGUGUUGUGGAUUCUAUCGACUCGGACUUGAACAACUUGCUCAUGCUCCUUACUGCAUCUUCUAUCUUGCCUCGUGGAUUGUUCUUGGACAAGACCAUUGCCAAUGCUCGUGUUGAGCUCAAGUGGGAAUGUGACUAUAUCCGUGAAGCUCAGAACUUGGUUCGUUUCCGUGAGUUGCUCGAGAACGAUCCCGUUUUCGAGGUUCCAAGAGUUCUCCACAAGAUGUCCGGUGAACACAUCUUGACCAUGGAGAAGAUGGGCGGUACUGAGAUCGUCAAGGGCGACUGGGACCAAAAGACUAGAGAUUGGAUUGCUACCAACAUUAUGAGACUUUGUCUCAAUGAGUUAAAGAACUUCCGUUUCAUGCAAACCGAUCCAAACUGGGCAAACUUUUUGUACAAUGAAAAGACCCACAAAAUCGAGUUGUUGGACUUUGGUGCAGCUCGUGAAUUCGAAGAUAGCUUCGUUGAAAACUACGUUGAAAUCUUGCGUGCCGCUGUGCGUAAAGACCGUGAAGCUGUUGAAAAGUUCUCCCUUAAGGCUGGUUUCUUGACCGGCUUGGAGUCACAAGGCAUGGUUAAGGCCCAUGUUGAUUCCGUCAUGGUUUUGGGUGAAGCUUUCAGCCCUCAACCAAACAGAAAACCUUUCGACUUUUCCAACCAAACCAUCACGGAUAGAGUUAGAGAUAACAUCGGGUUGAUGUUGAAUGAGAGAUUGACUCCUCCUCCAGAGGAGACAUAUUCCUUGCACAGAAAGAUGAGCGGAGUGUUCUUGUUAUGUGCUAAAUUGAAGGCCACUGUGCCAUGUGAACAGUUGUUCAAGGACAUUGUCGGCUACUAA